UUUACGCGUAGCGGUGCAUAGAGAGAAAGAGAGAGAGAGAUCGCUCGGCGUCGGCGUUUCUUCUCUUUUCUGUGGUCUCCGGUGAAACGAAGAGAUAUCUCUCAGGUACAGAAAGAAAAUGGGGGAAGCAAAGAAGACGCCAUCGAGAUAUUGGUGGUUUGAUAGUCACAACAACCACCCUAAACGUUCCCAGUGGCUUCAAUCUACCCUUGAAGGGCUAGAUGAGAAGACAAGUUCGAUGCUUCAAAUAAUAGAGGAAGAUGCAGAUUCCUUUGCCCAACGUGCGGAGAUGUACUACAAGAAGCGACCAGAGCUUAUUAGCAUGGUUGAGGAAUUGUAUCGAGCUCAUCGCUCAUUAGCUGAGCGAUUUGAUCAAGUCAAGUCUGAUAUUGGAACUCGCCCCACAAAACAUUGGGCAUCCCCAUUGUCCUUCAAGUAUCAAACAGAGAAGUUGAUAAUCUCCACAGAGAAAUCCUAUGACAGCUACUCUGAAAGCUAUGAUCCCGAGGAAUCCGGUGAAUCCGAGGUUGAUGAUCCUGAGCAAGAAGAAGAAGUCCAAGUCGAUAAAGAAAUGGAAGAGGAGGAAGUGUCUAGUGGGCUUUGCAACGAUGAAGCAAUGAAGCUGAGGUUAGAACUCGAGAGACUCAAAGAAGAGAACAGGAUUCAGAAGGAGCAACUAAUGCAGAAAGACGAAGAGAAAAAAGUCAUAAGACAGCUCAGUUCAACUGUGGAUAUGCUCAAGGAGGAGAAUGUGAAGCUGAGGAAGUAUAUUGCUAAAAACUCCCCCAAGAAAUGGAGCCCUCUUGAGUUCAACAAAUUAAAAACUCCCCCAAGCUAUGAUCCCGAGGAGUCCGGUGAAUCCGAGGUUUAUGAUCCUGAGCAAGAAGAAGAAGUCCAAGUCGAUAAAGAAAUGAAAGAGGAGGAAGUGUCUAGUGGGCUUUGCAACGAUGAAGCAAUGAAGCUGAGGUUAGAACUCGAGAGACUCAAAGAAGAGAACAGGAUUCAGAAGGAGCAACUAAUGCAGAAAGACGAAGAGAAAAAAGUCAUAAGACAGCUCAGUUCAACUGUGGAUAUGGUCAAGGAGGAGAAUGUGAAGCUGACGAAGUAUAUUGCUAAAAACUCCCCCAAGAAAUGGAGCCCUCUUGAGUUCAACAAAUUAAAAACUCCCCCAAGCUAUGAUCCCGAGGAGUCCGGUGAAUCCGAGGUUGAUGAUCCUGAGCAAGAAGAAGAAGUCCAAGUCGAUAAAGAAAUGGAAGAGGAGGAAGUGUCUAGUGGGCUUUGCAACGAUGAAGCAAUGAAGCUGAGGCUAGAACUCGAGAGACUCAAAGAAGAGAACAGGAUUCAGGAGGAGCAACUAAUGCAGAAAGAUGAAGAGAAAAGAGAAGUCAUAAGACAGCUCAGUUCAACUGUGGAUAUGCUCAAGGAGGAGAAUGUGAAGCUGAGGAAGUAUAUUUCUAAAAACUCCCCCAAGAAAUGGAGCCCUCUUGAGUUCGACAAAUUGAAGGCAGUAAUUUUGGGGAAGUUGUUUAAUGAGUCUCCAAAAUCCCAUGCUAGUGUUGCUCUCUAGAUGUGGGUUACAUCCCAGCUAGCAAUUGAUUGAACACAAUUAAAUUAGGAGCUGACAACAGUCUAUACUCUAUAUAUGUAGGAAUUUCCUGAAUUUUUUUUUUUUAGUAUAUAUAGGAUUUUUAUAUCUUAGUAGUUUAAGUUAUAUUUUCAUGUUCAGAGCUACAAUUCAUAUUUUUCUGCUUUGCUAGGUUUGGUUCAUCAUGAUACAAAUAUAUUAUUAGUCAUUUUAUUGUA